AUGGAAACAAUGAGACAGACAGAAGCUGAUCGUGUCUAUGAAGACUUUGAACCAUCUCAUGAAUGGGAUAAAUACAAUGGGCGUUUCACAGUUACGCUGCCAGGAUUUAGAAGGGAUCAAAUGAAGGUUCAAGUAACCUCAAAACCUGCCCUAAGGCUGAUGGGUGAACGACCAGUCUAUCUUAAUAGAUGGCGUCGUUUUAAAUUAGAAUUUCCUGUUCCUUCUGAUUAUGACACAGACAGUGUGACUGCAACAUUUGAGGGUGGCAAGUUAACUGUCAAAUUUGCCAAACUUACUAAGCCUGAGGAACCAGAAGAUAAUACAACGGCAAAGGAACCGUCACAAAAGGUUGAUGAGCAAAAAGGUCCUCAAGAGGGUACUGCAAAAGCUAAAGAAGAGAAAAAGGAAACAAAUGAAACAACAACAAAUCCACCAGAAGAAGCUCUGGGGUCAAAGGAAACAUCACAAAAGGCUGAUGAGCAAGUGGGUGCUCAAGAGGGCAAAGAAGAGAAAGCAGAAACAAAGACUAACGAAGUCUCUGAUCAAAACACACCACCGCCCCACAAGGAGAAGGAUUCGAUAACAGAAAAGAGCAAAACAGAAACAGAAGCUAGCAUGGACAAAGUGGCUGAGAAAGUUAAGACUAGUGGCUCAACUGAAAAAACAGAUGCAGCAACCGCUAAAGUUCCUAAAACCAAAGAUGCAAAGUCUGUUGCAAGAUCCAAAACCAGGCUUGUAGAUUUCACUCUCCCUAAGGCUCUCUCUAAUCAAGAUGAAAAUGAAAAUGAGGCCCUUGGAGAUACGACCAGAGGUCUUAAGAAAUGGAAGAAAUUGGUCGCUUGGGUCAUGCUAAUCAUAUUGGUUGUGGGACUUGGGCUUUAUUGUAGAAAUACAUUUGGAUCAUCUCUGGGAGAAUUUAACUUCGAAGACAUGCUACUAUUUCCUUAUUGA